UCUAUCUGUAUAGAGAGAGAAAACAAAACAAAACCAAUCCAACCCAAGCCAAGCCAAGCCAAGCCAAAUCCUCGCUCUUGAAAUCAUUUCAUAUUCAUUCACAACAUUUGGAAAUGGGGCGUAAACUUCAAGCACCACCACCGCCGCCGCCACCAUCGGCGUCGCCGGAAUCCACCUACCCAGCACCACCGCCGUCUUCAUCCGCCAUGUCCGGCGAAGAACGAGUCUCCGUGGAUCGGCGUACGGACUACUCUGUGGUGUGCAAAUGGACGAUCCCGAACUUGGAAAGAACGAAAUCAAAGGCAGUGUAUAGUCCUUACUUGGAAGUCGGAACAUCAGGUAUCGAUUGUCGUCUUGUGGUGUACCCUAGAGGCCAUUCUGAUGCUCUACCUGGUUCUCUCUCUCUCUACCUUCAUCUUAUCGACCCUCCUCGCACUUCCAAAUUGGGUUGUUUCACUUACUACAAACUCUCUAUUCUCAACUCUCUCGAUGAAUCCAAGUCUCUGCAUAGAGAUUCCUACUGUCGAUUCACUUCUAAGAGGAAGUCUCAUGGUUGGUCUGACUUCACUCUCUCUUCAACGGUCCUCGAUCCCCAAUUAGGGUUUAUCUCCAACAAUUUUCUCUUCAUUCUCGCUGAUAUUCGAGUUUUGAAUGAAUCAACCUCGUUUGUACCGGAUACCAAUGAAUCAAAGUUGGCAUCCUCGAGUGUAAGUGUUAGUAGUGGGCAAUUCACUUGGACUAUAAAGAAUUUUGGUUUGUUUAGGGAAAUGAUUAAGACUCAUAAGCUAUUGAGCCCUUCGUUCCCGGUGGAGGAAUGUAAUCUUCGGAUUUCUGUUCAUGGGUAUGUGGCCGAUAAGGUUGAGUAUUUGUAUCUUUGUUUAGAUAGUAAAGAGAUGGAGAAUUUGACUGGUUUUGAAUAUAGGAGCUGUUGGUGCAUGUUUAGAAUGUCAGUGUUGAAUCAUAAAUCAGGUUCCAAGAGCAUUCAUAGGGACUUACAUGGGCGGUUUGGCACAGGCGUCAAUUUCGAGGACACUACGUAUAUUGGCUGGUGUAAUUAUAUGAAAAUGUCGAAGUUUAUUGGGUUGGACAACGGUUUUCUUCUUGACGAUACUGCUGUGUUCAGUGUGUCAUUCCAAGCGAUUAAGGAAUCUAGUGGAUGCCUUAAGAUUACCAGGACUCCUGCGGUUAAAAAUUCUAUUAUGCCUAAUAAACCUGAUUGGUAUCAGGGAGGGUUUGUUUGGAAAAUUAAGAAUUUCACAAGGUUGAAGGAUAUUAUGAAGAAGAGGAAGAUCGUGGGUCUAGCUGUUAACAGCAGGAGGUUUCAGAUUGGAAAUCAGGAUUUUCAUCUGGGGGUUUAUCCUAGAGGGUUAUCUCAACCGCCAAGUCACUUUUCAUUUUAUCUCCAAGUUGAUAACCAGAAUAGUUCCCCUGACUGGAGUUGUUUCGUAUCUUAUCGGUUGUCUGUCAAGAACCAGAGGAGCAUGGAUAAAUCUGUUAGUAAGGACUCACUGGACCGUUUCUCCAAUGCUACAAAAGAAUUGGGCUGGUGUGAAUUUUUGACUCUGAAUAGUCUCUUUGAUCAAGACUCCGGGUUUGUUGUUGGCGAUGCAAUUCACUUUUGUGCAGAGGUUCUUCUUUUAAAGGAGACAUUUUUAAAGGGUAACACAGAGUUGAGGAAUGCUGGUUUUCCAGUUGAUCAUCUAUCAGGGGAAGGCGAGUUAGUCCUAUGGAUGAUGCAUAACUUCAUGUCUUUCAUUGACAUAUUAGAAACCAGGAAAAUAGUUAGUCCAGCUUUUGAAGUAGGUGGAUUUCAGCUUCAGAUUGGGGUCUGCAAGUCAUUAGACAGCAUAUGUGCAUUUCUGGAGUGUAAUCCAUCAGUCACAAGUGACUCUGAUAAGAACUUUUUGGUUAGUUACAAGAUGUCUUUGGCAAAUCAAAAGAACCAUGCCAAAAGUAUGUGGAAGGAGACUACUUUCUGUACAAAGUCAAAUAAUAAUUCUGUUAUCCAGUUCAUGAAAGUUUCAGACAUGGUGGACGCAGAUGCUGGAUAUCUUGCUCAUGAAUCAGUUGCUAUCUUGUGUCAGAUUCUCGAUCAUUGCCCGUCGCUUGAGUUUUCAGAACCAGGGGUUAGUAUGCUUGAUGUUUGCUAUGUCUUUGAAUAUUUCACGCAUUUGAAAUUUAUCAGUAAUUGGUCUUCUGUGCAUGCUAUUUAUGACAAUUCAUUGACAAAACCCAAUGCCAUGCAUCAUUUGUAUUGAGUUAUAAAGUCACACUGUAAACUCUGUCUUGCUUUGCCAUCUACUGAAGCAUCAAAAUUUCAUUUAUUUAGGGUGUUUUGGAUAGCUUAGAAAUGAAAGCAUUUUGG